AUGAGCGAGGAAGUUCCUGCUGAUUCGUCGAAAAGAAUUAUGAGCUUCAAUACAUCAGCCGAGUUGAAGGAGUUCCUCAAUUCAAGUCAAAAUGAGCGACGGAUGAAGUUUGCUGUCAGAGUAUUCUACGUUUUGCAAUGGACUACAUCUCAUCCGGAAGCAGUUCAAGAUACAGGCGCAAUAUGGUGCAAGAAUGGUUACUACUUUAUAUGCAACUCAACUCUCAUCGGAGAAUUCUUAAAUAUUAGACCAAAUACAAUAAAUACGAAUUUUCGUUCUCAUUUAUUUACUAUAGAGCUCUCACAACCACAGUUGCUACUAGCAGAGUUUCCUAUGAUCAAAGAUACAAGGAACUGGAGAAAGCGUGUAAAUCAUUCUUUUCCAUUCCAUUCUGGCUGUACAGAGCUCGACAUCAUCAGAAUACCUUGCAGACCACUAAAUGAACAGCCAAAGAACACACAACUAGUACAAUAUCCCGUUAGAGCACCGAAACUACCGCCAAGAAGAAUCAUUAAACAAGUUCAGACAUUUGAGAUGCCAAUGACACCGACCAUGAAGUACAAAUACGAGUUCAAGAACUCCCAGGAGACAAAAGAAUACGAAAAAGACAUAGAAAUCAUAUUUAAUAAUAUGAAAGGCACAAAAGAGCAAAAAGAUGAGAUUAUCAACAAGGCACAAUCAUUAUGGAAGGAAUUUGGUGAUGUUCCUAAGUGCCAAUCAAAUAUAAUCGUUUCUUAUAUUCUGAAAAAUAUUGAUUUGGAUGUUGGUGAGAAAUUGGCACCACAUCUCACCAAAAUGUUGUCUUCUGAUGGCGGAUCAGGUAAUACAGACAUUUCUUUUGCUCAAUAUCUAAAGUUUUACGCUCAAUACGGAGAUCCUGCCACAAUCAUUGAAACUUUGACAGAUUUCAUUGACUAUUCAUCUAAGAAUUAUGUGUUCUAUCCAUGGUUCCAACCAGAUCUCGGAAAAAUCAAUACAAAAAUUAGAUUAUUAGAUGAAGACGGUCCAGACUUCAUUGUUCGCUGCUCUGCAUCGAAAAUCGGAAUAUUUGUCCUGGAAGUAGUAGAAAAUAAGUCAUCAGGAGAGAUUUCAUCCUCAAAUAUUGAUUUUGAUCCAAUCAAACCUUCAUUCUCAAUAAUUAGUGAAUCUCAUGGCUUAGUACAGGACAAAUCAUUGAAAUCUUUGCUGUUUGAUAGACUUGGUUUGAAAUUAAAACAAAAUGUUAACUUCGAACCAAUAAUUAUCUCGUCUUACUCACAGCAAACAUAUUCUUCGCAGCAAGUACCAUCUCAACUUUCCUCCCAAUCUACUAAUUAA